UGAAAUCGAGGCAGGUAGGUAGGCAGAGUUUUCACUGGAUUUGGGACUUUUGCAGCUAAGAGAUUUGUUACCAUGGGUGUUUCAAGUGUCAUCAGGAACUAGAUUAGUCUUUUGGGGAAAGUUAUCUUCUCGAAUGUUAAGAUUAAAAUGUUCCAAAAUGUGAUUAGGCUAAAGAAAAGUAAGAGUUAAGCAGUCACUCCAAAGGUGUUUUGAAGCAGAGGAUCUGCUCAGCAUCAUACGUGGAGUCAUUCAAGGAAUGCCAAUGAAGGUGAUUGUGUGCUUUGACAAUGUGAGGGUAACUGUGCCCUGUGGAGAAGGGGACAUUCCAGUAAGAGAACUGAUUUCCAAAGCUGUUCAUCGCUACAAAAGAGCCACAGGAAAGCUGAUUGCGGUGUUUGAGGAGCAGGACCGUGCGUCCAUCCAGCACAAUGGCGGGGAUGGCGCCAGUGCCAGUUCCACGGGGACCGUCAGCCCGGACAUCUUUCACGGGCUGGGCGAGGACGGGGGUCCUGUGCGGGCUGACGGCGUCCACCCGGCCGCUGCAGCCCUGGCCGUCUUCCCACCGCCGCGGCACAACAGCAGCAGCAGCAACAACGCCUCUACCGACGUGGUGGUCACGCCCCGGGACCUCUCCAUAGGAAGCAACCUGCGUGUGCGUCGUGGCAGUGAGCCCAGCCUGAACCUAUUGACAGAUGAAUUGCCUUCUGAGAUUAAUCCAACGCCACUGAGUGUGCUGCGGCCAAGCAUUCCAAGACGUGAAAGUGUCAGGGACAGUGAUGAACCCAGAUCAGAGUCCUCAGAUGAAGAUAAACGGGUUAAGGUCACCAUGCAUGGUUCUCUGGAUAGAAAAAAGUUGGGGCCCAGUCGCUUUGCACGUGAUGCAUUUCGCACUUCUCUCAGCAACAGGCCUGAGAUGUUCAGGUGGCUAGAGGCUCAGGAAAGGCAGGAACAGCGCACCAAAGAAGCACAGGCUCAGGAGAGAACGGGACCAGUGGACGGGCAUGAUGGCGAAGAUGUAAAUAUUUCAACACAGCCAAACCCGACUCUGAUCACGCUUCAGAAUGAUGGAGGACCUCUGGGCAUCCAUGCUAUUCCUGCCAGCGAUGAGAAUGGGAAGGAUAUUGGUCUGCUGAUUCAGAGCAUUGAGCCAGAGCGCCCAGUGCAUCGCGAUGGCCGGAUACAGCCGGAGGACACCAUUGUGGAGAUUAAUGGGACCAGCUUGAAGGAUGUACCAUUUCUCAGAGCUCAAGAAAUUUUCCGGGCUGCCAUGGAUACCAAAGAGAUUCGUCUACAGGUUCUGAAAGCAGACACUGCAAUACCUGAGACUUCCAGCACUUUACUUCCACCCUCUCCAAAGCAGAGACGGGCCCCUCAAGGUCCUCCAGUCCUGCCAAAACCUCGUAGCCACGCCCCAAUGAAACCAUCUCCUCUUACACUGCCUUCUCAGGAGUCAGAGAAAGAUGUUAAGUCCUCUAGUCCAGUCCCAGCGCCAAGAGAGCACUCAAAGAAGGCGGUACCCAGCAAUUCUUCUGAUAACGGGCAAAGAACAGAAAGCUUCAGAACUUCUGACAAACUGUCAUCGUUCAGUUCAAACUCUAGUAGUAGUACAAAUUCCGGUCAAAAGCUUGAGAGCCUUUCUAAACCAAUUCCCAAAAGAACAUCAUCUGCCUCGAACAACAAUGUGAUCAAACCGGGCCCCCCGAUCAAACCACCGAAGAAAACGCCCCCUGCUGUCCCGGUGCGCAGUCCCAACACAGGGCUCACCCCAGGGCCUCCCACUGACUUGCCCCUCAACACGGCUUAUAAUACUCGCAAAAUUGGCAAGAAGCUGGGUAUCCAGCUCAAGAAAGGUCCUUUAGGCCUGGGAUUUAGUGUGACAUCUCGGGACAAUCAGACAGAUGGGAAUACGCCCAUUUACAUCCGGAAUAUUCUGCCCAAGGGGGCUGCUGUACAGGAUGGACAACUCAAGCCUGGGGACAGACUCUUGGAGGUGAAUGGUGUAGAGAUGACUGGCAAGACUCAGGCUGAGGCCGUUUCCUUCCUUCGCAUGUUGCCUGAGGGCAGCAUGGUCAAUUUGCUCGUCUCUAGACAAGAAGAGGUGGAGGAAAAGUUUAAAGUUCCUCGAAAAAUGAGUGAUUCAAGCGAACCUUUGGCCACUGCCCUGACUGGUCUUGAAAGUGGCCCCGAAGACACCGCUACCGCCAUGGCGGAAGGGCAUGUUGGUGCGGAGGCUGACUUGCCUGCUGUCUCCCUCUCACAGCCAUCCCGGGGUACAGAAGCCAUGGAGGACAGCCCCCCGGGUCAAGUGAAGGAGAAGAUCACCUUCCAUGUACAGCUAAACGACACAGGGUCUGCUGGCUUGGGAGUCAGCGUCAAGGGCAAGACUGAGCCCACCGACCAGGGACUGCGGGAUCUGGGCAUAUUUGUCAACUCUGUGUUGCAAGGGGGUGCUGCUUCUAAGGAUGGCCGUCUGGAGGUGAAUGACCAGCUGCUGGAGGUGAAUGGAGUCCGUCUUGAGGGCCUUUCCAACACAGCAGCCAUGGAAGCAUUGCGCAUGGCUAUGAUGGAUGAGGGCCUGAUCCCAGGCCAUUCCACAGUCACAGUAGCCAGACGUGCAGAACCCAACUCAAUGCCCUUCUUCUGUGGAGAUACUGCAGACAGCAGCCAGGCAGAUGCUAUGCUCCCUCCGCCUUCAGUUCACCAGCGGUCAGUUUCCGCGUCGUCGGAUCUCCCUGCUCCCAUCGUACACCAGCGCUCAUCUUCAGCAUCUGAGACUUUCAGCAGCCCUGUGGUGCAGAGAUUCGGCAGUGACAAAGAUAUGCCGUCGCCCAUUCCACCUGUUCGCAGCAAGAGGGUAGCUGCUCUUCGUGAGCGAUUCUCAGAAAUGGGCAACGGACUCCGAAAUGAGUCAUACAUGAAGGCAACAAAUGAGAGUAUGGACGUGGGGCCUGCGGGGCUGAGAAAUGAGUCCUACAUGAAAGCAACUCAUGACACUUUGAAUGAAAGUGAAGCUUUCAAGAACCUUUUACCUUCCCCUUCCAAGCCUGUUGCACCAUUAAAACAUUCGCAGUCCCAAGAAGGGAAAGAGAAUAUUGUUAUAGUUGAGAAUGAUACUUAUACUCUUCCUCAGAAACCUCAGAGGCCUCACUCUACAAUUGGAUUCCUUCAUGGGGGGCCACAUGGCUCUGUGUCUGAUGAUGAAGCUUUCAGGCGAGAGUCUGUUGCUUCUAGUAAAGAUGAGAGUGACCUGAGCCCAAGUGGGGAUUUAAUCCUACCCUUUGCACGAGAAGGCUUUGGUCGGCAGAGCAUGUCUGAAAAGCGAAAAGGUCACCUAGAUCCAAGGUCCACAGAGAUCUACAAACUUGUGAAGGCAAACAAGGAGAGCAAGGGUGGUUUUCUUGGUCGUCGUGUGCGAUCAUUUCAUGUCACAGGUGCGACCAAUGUGGACGUGGUACCUGCGGUCCGCGGGGUGCCCACUGCUCAGAAUACCCCUCUCAGCCCUAGAAAGGGCUCAAACCCUGCACCCACUGAAGCCCCACCCGUGUCUAAUAGCAUGAUGCAUGUCCCAGAUGACAGUACUUACAAUCCAAACCGAACUGCAAGAGAUUCCUCACCGUCCAAUCUGAAACGCUCUUCAUCAGUGGAAGAUUUAAGUCAUCCGGUGGCCAGCCAAGCCCCAGUAUCGUCUGUGUCUUCCAGCACCUCAGUGCAGCAAAGUCGGGAUAAUUCACCUAUGUGGAGGACCAACCGCUUCGGAAGAGCCAGAGCUUGCAACGAGAGCUUCCGUGCUGCUGUGGAUCGCUCAUAUGAUGCUUUGGACCCUGCGUUGAUGGAUACAUUGGAGGAGGAGAGUGCAGAGAGCGGAGCAUUUACUCUGGAGCCUUCAAACUCUGGCCGUUCAUCCAUCAGCAGUGAGAAUACAAGUGAAGACACCAACAGCCUCAAGAGACGGAAAGCUAAAGAGAAGGAUAAGAAAGCAGGGGGAUUGCUUAAAGGAUUUUUGAGAUUUGGUAAGGGACGCAAGUCAAAUGAGGAGGCGAUGCGGCGUUCUCGGUCAGAAGAACGCUCAGGGGACAGGGUAAUAGAUCGCAGGACUGACCUCUCGUUGGAGCGUCCAGUUGAGAAAAAGGACCGGUGGGCAGCACAGCCGUAUGGAGACGCACAGAACCUGGGUUUUGUUCCGCUCACUGUGCCUCAGGGGCACCAGCAGAUGGGGCGUAGAGCCAGCAACCAAGAGGAAGAGAGGAUCGAGGAAGAAUACGCUCGUCUCAGGGAAUUCCACGUGUCGAAUCAGAGGCUGAGAUCCCAGUCCGUGGACCCGACUUUGGGCAGGAACAAGCUAGGUUCUUCCUCCUCUUCCACCGAGCGCUCCAGUCCUUUCCAGCCGUACCAUGGCUCCUCCCAGCAGCAGCAGAUAUUGCAGCACCAGCUCCAGCAGUUUCAACUACAGCAACAACAGCAGCAGCAGCUCAAUGCAGAUCCACGCACAUUCCACCCGGCAGCCGUGUCCCAGGGACAGCCUCUCACUGGACAAGAUCACAGAGGAGGGAGACAAUACAUGUCUUCGUCUCAGUCAUCACUGGACCCCGGAGGGAGACCCAACAUUGCCAAAGCAGUGAUGUCCAGGGCUGAGUAUAUCCAACAGUUGCGCAGCCUGUACCAGCAGCGCCACCGCCAGCGACAGGGUGUCUACCCGCUGGACGACUCGGAGGAGUUUUACGAGAUGCAGAUACAGGAGCUGGAGCAAAGGCAAUGGACUCCUACAUCUUCUGACAACUCCUACGAUGGUAGGAGCAGCAGAGAGCCUGUUCGGUUUACAGACAGACCACCAAGUCGACUGCCAGAGGAUUCCCCUGAGCGUCCCUAUGGCAGUACCUCCAGCAUGGUGAACGCAAGCUCUUCCUCCCUGCCUCACACCCAUCAACACCACCAGCAGCAACGGUACCACCAACACCUGUACAACACUGCCCCCCAUCCAGGCUCUCGCCCCUCACCCCGCGGCCCGCCCAGCAGUGCUCAUGACAUGGCAACUUACUACAAACAGCAGCAGCAAAGAGACCAGCAUAUUCAGCACCUUCAGCAACAUCACCAUCAUCAUCACCACAAUCCUCCCUCCCCACAUGGGGGUCUGAGAGAUGAUUACGAGUUGCCCAGCGGCCAUGAACACUACAACAGUAACAUGAACUACCCCAUACCUGACUCUAGGUCGCAGCAGCCGUUCUAUACAGGGCCUCCGCAGGCUUAUCACCACACUGCUCCACACCCGUACAAUCAUCACUACAGGGGCAACCACCCGCACACAGACUCCAGCUCGGCAAAAGUAUGACAAACCGUAUCAAAGUACAGCAAACAUUAACAUUCAGGAAUAAACUUGGCAUUCUCACAUACAGAAGUCAGUGGAUCACUUCUGGCCUAGCCCACUGGGUUGUCCUGUCUUGCCUGUGCUGUUGGUGCGGCACCUGUGGAAAGUGUGAACACACGCUAUAAUGCUCAAGUCUUAGCCACUCUGUCUCAGCAUCUCAGCUGGUGAUGCUGUGUCACCAGUCUUGCUGUGAUGUUGUUCCUUUAAUUCUUGACACUUAAUUGAUUAUAAAAAAUAGGGCAAAAACAGAAGUUGUUUUGUCUUUUUUAGGAGUGAAUGUUCCAAUAGUUUCACCUCAGUCACAAAUUCUGUCAAUAACAAUUUGUGCCCUCCCAAAAGCUAUAUAUGUCAAAUUCGUAGAGUUGUGAAUUUGAUUUGGUUCUGGGAAUAUUUCAAAAGAUGAAAGCAUAACCAAAUUCUGAUGUUUACAUCAAUUGUAACCCUGGCUGUCUCAUGGGGGAGUGCUGGAAUCGAGGACUAAACAAGCAAACUGUUGGCUCUCUGUUCUUCAGCCCUGAGUGUAGCCUUUGGGUGACUCUCAGCUUCCUACACUCAUUCUGCGUGAGAUACAGAAUGUUCACAGGUUCUCCCUGGACAUAAACUGUGCAGAAAGGGUAUGUGAAACCCAAGAUGGGUCAGAUAUUUAUUGUGGUUGUGACCUGCAGAUUAAAGUUUUCUCAGAACAGGACAAGUCAUGGACAAGAAUGAAAUAGAAUUCGAGUACAUUUUGAUUGUAGUUGCUGGGUGCACUGUUUUCAGGGACUAUUGUGAUGGGGCUCUUUUAGUUUUCUGGCUUUAAACUGCUACUUGUACUUCGUAUGCUAAUGAGAUUUUGAGUGAACCACUUUCAAGUAGCUAACACUUACCUUCUAGAGUAGACUUCUAAAAUGCUGGGUACUUAACGGGGGAGUGCGGGGGAGGUGUCUAUCCGGGGAACUAAUUUAAUGUGAUAAAAAUACAAACUGUAGUAGCAUUGCCCUGGAAAGCAACUUGAAUGUAGGUUAAAAGGACUUACUAAUGCCAGUCUUUUAAUUUGGUAUUGAGAUCUGUCAUUGUUUCAGGUCAUUUUGAUUAAAGAGAUAGCUGCAACAGAAGUUAUUUCAGUUGCUUGGUGCUUACACUGCACAGGAUAUCAAACAUGGUAUUGAAUGUUAACAAAAACAGCAGAGCUGUUAUUAUUUAGACUUUUGUGUCCUUAGAUUUUUCCAACUUUCCUACUCUGUGUACCAUCCUAUUUGUAAUAUGUAAUAUGUGUAGAAAAAUUUCAGCUUUAUGAAUUUUCAUAAUUAAAAUGCACAGUUAAAAAAAAACAUUCCUUGCCAGGUAUUAUGAAAGCAGUAUGCAUUAUUUAUUAGCUGUUGCUACAAUCCUUAUAUAUAUGACACCAUUAUAGUUUCCCUGUAAUUUAGACAAUACAAAAUGUUAGAAUACCCAUUCUGGAAGAUGUAUUAUUAUCUCAAAUAAAUAAUAGAAAGUCGGGCAUUAUUUUUUUUCUCUUUUAAAAAAUUUUUUUUAACUGAAAAGGAGCUUCACAGUCACAGUCGUAAUAAGGGAAUCUUGACAAUUACUCAUGAUCGUAAGUGUUCCAUAAUAGUGCUGCCUUUAUUUCACUGUAUAGUUUUAACUUCAACAUAACUUGCAAUCAGGCAUAAUCAUAUUGCACAGCAAGAUUUGUUUAGCCGCAUAUUGUACUUUUUUUGUGCAGAUAUAUAUGUUUGUUUUUACUUAUUUGAAAAGAAUGACAUCAAUAAAUCUCAUUGCUGACUGUAAGUUGUCUUCUUCGCCUUAUCAACACUGAGAUGACUUGGACAUGAAUUUGGUGAAGAAGACACGAACACCUAGUAUCAACGCAGUUUAGAGACAGGGAAGUUUUUUAAAAAAUGAGUAACGUUAUCCUAUUUUCCUGAUAUUAUAAACCUUCUCUAAUUUCUCUUUUCUCCUAAGUGGGAAGUUAAAAUUCAAUAAUUUUUUACGGUAGUAACUAAUAUGGUUAAGUAUUGUCCUUUACUUGUGAAAUUCAAAUUAAACUUUUUUUCUUUCUAGUGACACAUUCCAUUUUAUGUGAGCUGUAGUAGGGGCAAAAGAGCAUCACAAAAAUGGAAAAAAGUUAUCGGACUUGAAUGAAAACCUGUGCUUUCCAAGACUGUUUUAACUUAAAAAAGGACGUCGAAGCUAUGAAUGUAGCUGCAAAUAGAUUUCUCUCUCCACGUUGUGUCUUUUCAUCAGAGGUGAUGAAAGAUUUGGAAUUACAGGACUUGAUCUGACAGUUUAGUCGAUUAUUUUUACAACUUCCUGUUUUACGUCAGCUAAUGCAAAGUCCAUCGUAAUGCUUUCCAGGUUGUGGUAUAACUUAAAUGUAUAUAUACAGAUUAUAAUUAUUACAUAGUCCUAUUUAACUCUAAAUUUAAGUCCUAGGUGACAUUAGUGGUUGUGAAUUAAAAAUUCUCAGGAGCAGAUUCCAGUGUACUAACUUAUUUUCAUUAAUUUUUUUAUUUUUGCUUGAAAAACAUGACUGAACUUGGGGUUGAAAAGACCUGACUUCUGAUUAGAAAAUGAUUAUACUGUUUGCUGAUCUUUCACUUAUUCUUUUUUGGCAUGACAGGGCAAUCACUACAUUCAGGUAUUUUUAUACAGUGGGUGCCGCAUUCAACGAGGUCACAUUCAACAAGAAAUGGGCUCCAAAGAGGUUAUCCUUCAUCUCCGAUUUUUUCCUCUAUAUAUCUCUUUGUAAAUGUACAUCAGCUCCAACGAGGUUGCAAACAGACCGAAGUCGCCUUCAACGAGGUCGCGAUAACCAUAUUAAAGCAAUUAGCGGUCCCAAAAGCGAAGAACUUUUCUCCUUUCUCUCCGCUUCACAUGAUGCACAAGGCCCAUAUCCUCCAUUCCAAACAUUGCUAGAUCUAGUGUGCCUCCUAAUAAUAUGGGCCCCAAAGCCAAGAGGAUGGGUGAGGGUUGGCCUAAGGUAGGGGUGGGAGGGUACGCGAUGCGGGCUGUGUGAAACUGGAUGGGUUGGCCUAGAUCUAGACCGUCACUUUUUAAAAAAAAUUUCUUCUUCCCCUGAUCAGAAAAUCCUAGCUCCCGCUUUUACUUGAUGUCAAUUUAGGCCUAGAUGUGAGAGGGUAUGUUUCCACAAGAGAAAUGUUCCCAAAAAAAAGGCUGGGAAAAAAAAAAAAAUCAGAAAUGAGGGUCAGAACUCAGCUCAAACACGCACACACCGAUGCUGUUUGAGAUUUUCUGCAUCAGGGGGAACGACCGUUCUAAUAAUAUGAUAUUGGUGCAUCGUGUAAUACAGUGGAGUCCACUUAUAACGAGUCCUGAGAUAACAAGAAGUCUGUUAUAAAGACACUAUUCUAAAACCCCGUUUUUUUCCCUUCUUUAUCUUUGUAAAUAAAAUACUGCUAUUGCGACAAGCCGGUCCCACAACCUCGUGAAUGCGACACCCACUGUAAUAGGGUGGUUUUUGUGAGGGCAGUGCCCUAAGUUCUUAGAAUGCUGAAAAAAAAGACCUGCUCGAAAUAAAAUCUACUAUGGGUGAUAUACAUUUAACGGCCACACACCCCACCCCCCAAAUCGUUUUCUUUUUUUAACUUAACAUGACACUUCAUGCCAGUUCUCAAUGUCUCUUUUCCCUCAUUGUGAAAUUGUUUUCUUGUUUCUAUGAAUUCUACUUUUUCUUCUCCUUUUCAUUUUUCUAUUUCAGUCAAAUUUAAAAAAUGUGGAGAUCAAAACCUCUAUAGCUGUUCAACAAACUCUUGUCUUAUGACAUCAGCAUGAAUUGUUAAAGUGAAUAAUUGUGAAAAAAUAUGGAAAGAUUUUGAAUCAUAAACCAGGGAGCAUGACUAAAUUAUCUAUGAAGGUGAGUUGGCUUUAUUUGUCAUGCCCUCUGUGCUAAGGUUUUGCAUGUUUUGUGUGUGUUAAUUUUGAGCUCGAAUGGCUCUGUGCAUUAAAUUUGCAUCAAAUUUACAAUGCACAUGCUGAAUUGAGAAUAUCUUGCAUCACAUAUUUUAAGACAUCUGUCCGUAAUGAUAUUAUUGGUGCUUACUACAAAACUACUCAAUCAAAUCAUACCUGUACAGCCUUUUGAGUGACCGGUAUUUUUUUCAAUGAUCAAUUUUUAUUGAAUUCUAAAAAUAUUUCAUUGUGAGUAUUUAAAACUUUUCUUGAAGGAAUUGUUUUCUGGGGCAAUGAUAUAUGUUACAGAAUGGCACAGUGAAUCUUGGUUGCUGUUUUGAGAGGGAGCUCGAUGAAAGGUUUUUGUUCUGAUGUUUCCCUUCGUUUUUAAAAAAAUACCAAGUACUACGAGAUCUACAUGUAUUUUGAAAAUGACACCUAAAACUCACGUAGAAAGAAUGUCUCCACUAGCCCAGCAUUCUCUCACUGCAUAAUAUGCAGACAUUCCUUUGUUUUGUUUUACCACUGGGUUGAAGAUGAAAUAAGUUUUCUUCUGUUCCCAUUCUGCACCAUCUCUGCACAGGACUCGUUGGUUCUCGUCUAAUGUCCAGGUUUGUUGUCAUUGAACAAUCUUGUAUUAACUAGUAUUCUAGUAAGCAUUUGCAAGAGUAGGGCAGUUGAUAAGUCCUCUCUGCAGGUUUUCCUGUCUGUGCACGCCUACUGCUAGUAGAAAUGUGGUCAGAUCAGAGAGGAGUGGUGAACUAUAAACUUACCAGAAGUUCUCUGUUUAACAAAUAAACCUACAUUGUUGUUAAUUUUUGUCUUAAGUAACUAUAAAUUCAUGUCUGAAUUCUUUUUUUGAGAAAGUAGGCUUGUCCUCAAACUCACUACAAGUGACUUUAUGACCAAGAUCUAAAAAAAUAUAAAUUAGUGAAGGGGCCAUCCCUGUUUGUAUUGCUUGUGUGAGUAAAUAGGUGAACACAUAUGUUUGCAUCUGAUCUUGAUGGUUACAGUACAACAACAGUGAUGGUACAGUUCACCUUGAAUGUGUGGGGAAUUCUGCUUUUUCUUCACAAAAGAGCUGGUUUUGCCUGGUACAAGUUUUCAGUUCGUUGCUCUUUUGAAAGUAACCAGUUUCGUGAAAACUAAAAUCUUGAAAAGCAAAUGAAGGUUAUAUUAGUUAUAACUCUGGGAACUUGAUAUUUGGGGUUUUUUGGUUUUGUUUUUUGGUUUGUUUGUUGUUGUUGGUUGUUGUUGUUUUUUUUUGGGGGGGGGGGGGGGUCAAAUGAACAAGAACUAAUUCUCCUUUCUGCACAACAUCAAAAUUUUAGACGCAUGGCUUGUAUUGUAAGGAGCAACAACUCCCAUAGUGAGAGUAAUUGAAGAUGUCUUUUAAAAUGUCCACUUCUGCAGUACACAGAUGUGGUAGAGUAUGGAUGGUGUAGUGAUUGAUUGGGACGUUUGUUUCACAUUGAUUUAUAUUCCAGGUUCAAGCCCCGCAGAGACAUGAGACUUUUUAAAGCGAGUCUGAUGCUUUUUUUUUUUUCUUCUGUUGUUGAGUGAUAUCAGAACACAAGCAACAUCUCAUAAAUAACAGUUCACUUCAUGAAUGUCGAUCUAAGAGAGUAAACUGGAGAUAUAACAGAACUUUAAAAAUCUAACUUACUAAGCAUAACAUGACCAAGUACUUAUAAUGAUAAAGUCAUCCAUUGUCACUGAGUGUGAGUGUGAAGGAAACAUUUUCGUCUUUCACUUUCAUUACUUAAAUCUGUGCUUUUUGUUCCCCUUCUACAUGUUAUAUCAAGAUGCAUUGAUGAAUAAUAGACUUUGUCUCUCCAAAUGCCACUGUCUUCACUGUCUUGUCAUGUCAUGUGACCAAGUGUUCAAAGAUUUAUCAUUGUAACUUUGUCAGAACAGGGCCAACAUUCCACAAUGGACAAAGCUGAUGGCUGAUACUGAUAGGGAAAAGAGACUAAAAUUUUCAUCUGAUGCACCAAAAUCCAAAUGGACAAUUGCGUUUAUUUACAAGCCAUGUUCCUUACGUGAGCAGUUUAAUUCCAUGUUAUGUUGUGAAAUGAGUAUAAUAAAUUGUAGGAUUUGUUUAUAUAGUCUACUAAGGUACAGUGGCUGUGAUAGGAGGCAGUUGUAGCUUGUGUGCUGUUUUUUAACAUCCAAUAAUUUAUUUCUGUGCUGCGCCUUGUUUGAGUAGGAGAGUUCAUAUUUUUAAGGGUACAAAUUUGAAGUGAUUAAGUUUCUAUUUUUAUAAGGUUGUGACUAUCUUCAAAUUUGAUGCUUAAUGUAAAGAAUCUAAGGAAAUGCCACAAAGUUCUACCGAUAGAAUUGUCUGCUGGCACUCCAAAUUUCGUUCAUUUUUAAUGCGUUGUGUGAAUAUGUGAUCUUGAUUUAAAAACAUUUUAUUUAAAACUUUCUUUUGAUCUAUUUAUAGAGCAUUACCGUGUUUUGUUGUGUUUUGAUUUCAACUAGCCAAGCAUGUAUUUUCCCUGUAACUACAAUUGUAUUCAUCAAAAUUUCAAAAGUUUAUCCUCUUCACCAUCCUCUCAGAUAUUUUAAAGUUUAGAGUCAAACAGAAAUAUCCUUGAAUGUGGUAAUGCUUGAGUCGAAAAGUAUGUAUCGAUCAACUGGGGGCGGACCAGUUUCUCUUUAUGACUAUCUGGCAGCACUGUUGAUACUGUUACUGUUAUUCAAAAGAUGAACAAGGUUGGGGAAUACUCGGCUCUAAGGAGGUUUAAACCAUGUAGCGUUAAAUGGAGGGCCACCUCUGUCAUGCAAAUAGACUUGAUGCGGCAUCCGGAAGGGAGUCUUUGCAACUUGACAAACAGAUGGUAAAAUGUUUGUUUGGAAGAAUUUGUGAAAUUUUUAUGUGCGCCAGCAGUUGAGGGAGAUGAGUUUUUAGUCGCGAUUCAACCAAAGUGUGGAAUUAAAGUUUGUAUCCCUCUGGAAGACUCGAAUGAUUUCACAAUUAUAACAUUUGACAUGUACCCACUCCCUUUAUGUCCUGCCAUUUUACCUUUAUGAGACUGGCAUUGCCAAUGCCCACACCCACACUUAUGUCAUCAUUCAAAUUGUCUACAUGGGCUUUGUUUUUUUGGGGGGAGGGUUGUUGUUUUUUUUUGUUUUGGCAGAUAAGCACCUUGAUAGUUACACCCUAGGAGUAGUACAUGUAACAGGAAAACUCAAUAACAUUAUGCUACAGAAGAAAAAAAUGAAAACUUUUUAUAUGAAGAUUAACCAGCCCACAAAUGUUGAUCUCUUUAUUAACGUGCAAACACAGUGGAUUUGCCUUCCCCGCCUUUCGUGGGGGUAUCGGCCCCGCCUCCCUUUUUUGGCGAAUGUUGUUUUUAAUCAACAAUAAAUGCGUUGCGCGCGUUACAGUGAGUUCUCCUUUCGUGCCUUUUGCUUCACUCCCCCAUACUGCAAAAAAGAGCGAGGGAUCGUCUACUAAGGUCUGCCCUUAAAUUUCAUUUGCCUUCUUUCGCCUCGCUCGUUCCAACUGUGUACAUAGUGGUAUUGUUGGGGGUUGUCUGGCAUCAUUUUAGAAAAUUUGUUUUAUGGAAGUCCAAUCUUAUCAAGGAGAAGCCAAAAUGCAACAACUUUCAUUUUCAGAUAAGAUUUUUUUUUAAAAUGGUCAUUUCUAGGAACAUUAUCCACUAAAUGAUGAUAUUUGCAAAAAGUAAAUGUUUCUCCGAGUUCAUUAAUUGUAUGAACCCCAUUUCAACGUGAAAUUUGACAUCAUUGUUUGAACUAAUGCAGCAACAUCAGCUUCCAAGAGCAACAAGAAAAGGAUGAGGGGAGGAGGGCGAAUCCACUCUGUCGCUUCAGGUCCCUUCCCUUUCGCCUCCUUAUUCUCACAUUUUUUAAGUAGGCGAAAGGGGUGAAAGGCCGAUCCACUGUGUUUGUACCGUUAUAGUUUGCUUUAUAUGAUUUGGAAAUUAUGGCUUCCAUUCAUGGAGUGAAAAAACAACCAGUAAAAAAGCUAUUCCAUGGAUUUUGCUUAAGCUGAUGUAAGGGGGACACAGAGAAAUCUUGUACAUGACCAUGAAAAUUAUCAUAUAAGUUUCGUUCCUUUCCAGAGUGAGAAGGGGACACAAACAAAAGCCAUCAUUAUCUCAUGUUCAUUUUAAGCAAAGUCCACCCUGUAUAUGAAUAUUUUAAACCCUUGUCAUAAUAUUAUCAGCACACCCUUAUUUUGCUGAAGAAAGUGUCAGCAAUAUUAAGAGACAAUAUUUGUCUGACUGUAAUAAUACAUUCUGUUACCAUUUCAGAAACCUUUUCGAUUGAUCCGGUAAGCAGCAUUAAUUGGAAGAUGCUAAUCUGUAUUUCCAGUCCAGUGACAUUGAAGACUUCUUGCAUUUGCUCAUUGUGUUCAGUGCUUCCCUUUUGAGCUUCUUCAAGUUAUUCUGUUUCUUUGAAAAUGCCUGCAAGUUAUAGAGAAUAUAAUAUACCUCCUCCUUCUUGUUGCCCUGUUUCAUUAUUUUUUUUCUUCAUUUGGCUUGUAGUUUUGUACAUACAAGUAUGUUCCAAGAUGUAAGAAUAUGUAAGCUAUUAUUAAUCAUAUGCAACUUUUUAAUAAAUGACCUUGCAUGUACUUCAAAC